AUGGCGUCUGAAAAAAUCAAUUUAAUCGGUAACCCAUUCGGUAAACUCAAUAUUCGUAAACUUCCGACUGUAAAAGAAGUUUUGUCAUUAUUUUUUCAUUAUCAUAAAGUUUUGAGUCUGAAAAUUAAUGAGAGUGCCAUAAAAACUGCACGUAUGGUUCGUGAUUGUUGGAAAAACCAACAAAUUUCUACUACUGGUUUUCAGAACACUGUCAAUAAGAUACUUGGUAUUUAUAAAAAAUGGCAAUUAUUACAGUGCAAUCGUAAGAGAGGGAAAUCAAAAGCUCAGAAUAAAAAAGAAGUGACGUUUGAAGAAAAAAUUAGACAAUUGUUUAAUAUUGCUGGAAAAAACAGUUUGAAACGUUUGAGUGGAGAAAAGACACAGAUUUCUGGGCAUGAAAUGUCUGCGAUUCCAGCAGAAUUCCCUGAUAAUAAUACUUCACAGCAAAUCUCUGAAGAGCACAUUAAAAUGAUGGAACUAGAUGAGAUAAAUGCAGAAUUUUGUGAUGAAAAUUACAACGCUAUUAAACCGAGUCAAACAUCAUUGCAAACAUCAUCGCAAUCGAUGAUUAGCCAAAGUUCAAAUUUUUCUGAUUUCGAAAUGGAAAAUUUUCCCCAAAAACAAAUUCCAAAAAUAAAUCUUAUCACUCCAAAACUAGCAACUGCCCUUGAUCGUGCUAAUGUGAGUAGCAGAAAUGCUACGUACAUUUUGGCAGCUACUCUGAAGAGUCUAGGAAUCGACAUUCAAGGUGUUAAUUUAAGUUAUAAAACUACCCACCGAAAUCGUAUAUUUCAUCGAAAAAAUAUUGCUGAAGGCUUAAAAGAAGAUCUUAAAUUCAAUGAUAAUUACGUUGUUCAUUGGGAUGGUAAAUUGUUAAGUGAAAUUGUUGGUACGGAAGUUGUAGACAGGCUCCCUAUUCUUUUAUCUUCAUGUGGCACAGAACAAUUAUUGGGAAUUCCAAAAAUUGAUUCGGGAACUGGUGUUGAGCAAGCAUUAGCUGUACAAUCAACUACAAUCAACUUGUGUUUUGAUACUGCAGCUACGAACACAGGAAUCCACCAUGGUGGUGGCGUGGAACUAGAAAAGCUGUUGUGGCGAACGCUCGUUUGGUUACCAUGUCGCCAUCAUGCCAUGAAACUUGUUAUUAAAGGUGUCUUUGAAGUAUACUGGAUGACACAAACAGGCCCAAAUGUUCAAUUUUUCUCCCGAUUCAAAGAUUUUUGGCACAAGAUCGAUAAACUGAAAUACAAUGCUGGAAUCAAUGACCCUACAGUUUCUGACGUACUAUUGGAUGAAAAAGAUCAAAUCUUGGCUUUCAUUGAGAAUUAUUCACAAGAGGUUCACUUGAUAUGAGCACAAUUGAGCUUCGUUCGCUGUGUACAACCGCGUCAAUGCAUGUCAGCAUGUAUAUUCUACCAAUACUGACGGUAGAUCUUCCAUCAUUUGUGAUCGCUGAUCCGAAAUGGCCGUAUCUUAAGAAUCUCAAGCUCGCUGACCCGCGCUAUCUACAGCCGCGUCCUGUAGACAUUAUUCUAGGUGCAUCACCAGCCACACAGAUCAUGAACGCUGAGAUUAAACGUGGACUUCGCAAUUCUCCAAUUGCACAAUCCACCACGCUUGGUUGGAUUGUCUAUGGAGCUGUCACCGCUAAACACGCUUCCACGUCACACGCAGCAUUGCAUGCGUCAUUAGACACAUUAUUACAAGACGCUAUCGCAAAGUUUUGGGAGCAGGAAGAGGUUCCAUCAGGUAAUUCACCGCUCAACACCGCUGAAGAAGACGAAUGUGAAGUUCACUUUCGUCAAACGCAUUAUCGACAGCCUAAUGGACGCUACGUAGUGAGAUUACCGCUUAAAGCCCCCGAGAGUCAACUUGGCGACUCUAUCAAAGCAGCCAUAGGGUCACUCCGAAGAUUAAUAAUUCGCCUGUCGCGAGAAAAAGAUUAUUCUGACAUGUAUCGCUCGUUCAUGGCAGAAUACAUAAAACUAGGACACAUGGUUCGAGUACCAAUCAAUGACUUGCCCGCAAACGCUUACUUCUUGCCUCAACAUGGGGUAUUGAAGCUUGAUAGCACCACUACGAAGCUCCGCACAGUAUUCAACGGUUCCUGUGCAACAUCUACAGGAAUUUCAUUGAACGACAUUCUACACACAGGACCCAAAACGCAAAUUGACAUCUUCGACGUGAUGUUGAGAAUCUGCUGCAACAGGAUUCUAUUCGCUACUGACAUCACCAAGAUGUUCAGACAGAUUGAGGUUGAUUCGCUUGAUUGGCCGCUUCAGUGCAUUCUUUGGAUGGAUUAGAAUGACCUAGUAGACGCUUACUGUCUCAAGACAGUCACCUACGGGACCGCUAGUGCACCUUUUGACGCUGUACGUGUGCUCAUCCAACUAGUCAAGGAUGAAGGACACCGCUUUCCGCUAGCUGUUGCUCCAAUGUUGGAAACACGCUACGUAGAUGACAUCUACGGUGGAGCAGACAACGAACAAGACGCUAUUAAGGUUGCAGUGCAAACAAAACCACUGGGCGCCGCAGGCUGCUUUCCGCUCGCCAAAUAGGCUAGUAAUAGUCCAACGCUGCUCGCUGAAAUCGCUCCGGAAAAGCAACUAGAAACACCGCUUAAAGAAAUCAGUGAUGCACCAGUAAAGGUCCUGGGCAUGUACUGGAAUUCACACACUGACGCUCUCCAGUUCAAGUACACGCUACCGCCAGAGACACCUAAGACAAAAAGAGCUAUUUUGUCUGAUAUUUCUAAGCUGUAUGACCCGCUAGGACUUCUCGCACCAAUUGUCGUCAAAGCCAAGAUCUUCAUGCGAGAUCUGUGGCUAGAUAGAGUGUCAUGAGAUGAACAAUUGUUAACAUCACUCAUUUAUAAAUGGACUGGAUACCGCGAGGAUCUUUAAAACAUCGAAUCCAUCCGCAUUCCACGCUGGAAUAAUAUUGCACCUGGAGCAACAAGAGAAUUGCACGGGUUCUCAGACGCUUCGCAAAACGCUAUGGCUGCCGCUGUUUAUUUGAGAGUCACUGACGUUGAUGAGAACACAAAGGUCUCACUUUUGGGUUCAAAAACGCAAGUAGCACCGCUGAAGACCAUGACAAUUCUACGCUUGGAAUUAUCUGCUGCAUGGUUGCUUACACAACUGAUACUUCAUGUCAAGGAAAUUCAGUCGCUAGAAAAUAUCAGGAUCAAUCUCUGGACUGACUCCGCCGUGACUCUCGUAUGGAUUCAAAGUCCAGCAACCCGCUGGAAGACAUUCGUCCGCAAUAGAGUGGAAAAAAUCCAAGAAACGCUUCGAGAUGUCUCCUGGAAAUUUAUUCCAGGAAAACAAAACCCCGCUGACUGCGCUUCAAGAGGUAGACCAACGCUAAAGCUAAAACAACACGCUCUCUGGUGGUAUGGACCGACUUGGUUUCAUGAACCAGAAUCCUCUUGGCCCACUCUGGAGCCUCCAGCUGAAAACGCAACGCAUCGAGAAGAACGCCAAGGUCUGACACUAGUAACUUGGAAAGCAGAAAACUGCCUGCUCUAACAAUUACUAUCGCAUUAUACGCAGCUGUUUCCACUGCUACAGAAGCUCAGCAUCUGGCAUCGUGUCAUCGACCGCUUCAAAAGAGUUCCACAAUCUUCGCUGGCCUACCCGCUUACUCCAUCAGACCUGGAGCACGCUAAAUUGACCUUGAUUAAACUCACCCAAGGACAAUACUUCGCUAGAGAGAUUCAUACGCUUCAAGAUGGUGAUGGUCUGCCGAAAAAUAACUGCAUCACCAAUCUGACUCCGUUUAUUGACCAUCAGGGGGUCCUGAGAGUCGGUGGCCGUUUGAAAAACGCAUUGCUGGACCCAGAAGAAAAGCAUCCAGCGAUCUUGCCAAGACAAUCACCGCUUACAUCAAUCCUGAUUGAUGAUUCGCACCGCAAAACGCUUCACGGAGGUACUCAGCUUACGCUCGCUGACUUGCGCGAGAGUGUCUGGAUCAUUGGAGGCCGUGUUCCAGUCAGAUCAUUCAUAUUACGCUGCGCUAUCUGCACUAGACACCGUGGAGAACGCGCUCAACAGUUGAUAGGUCAACUAUCUGCCGCACGAGUGCAGCCAACUCGAGCUUUCCUGCAUACAGGACUCGACUACGCUGGACCCAUCACUCUGAAAACUUUUCAAGGACGUGGAGCAAAAACAUACAAAGGCUGGAUUGCAGUCUUUGUCUGCAUGUUCAGCUCAGCUGUACAUCUAGAGCUAGUGACUGACUACACCGCUGCCGCCUUCAUCGCCGCUUAUCACCGCUUUACUAGUCGCCGAGGUAUCUGUCAUACGCUAUACUCAGAUUGUGGAACCAACUUUGUAGGGGCAGAUAAAGACCUGAAACGACUAUUCGCUGCAGGAUCCCGCUCACUUCAAGAAUUAUCAGUGUUAAUCGCUCAAGAUGGCACGAACUGGAAGUUCAAUGCGCCUGGAGCUCCACAUUUUGGAGAAAAAUGGAAAGCCGCUGUGAAAUCAAUUAAGUUUCAUCUUCGACGAACAAUCGGAGACUCGCUGUUGACGCUAGAGCAGUAUUCAACGCUACUGGCUCAAAUUGAAGCCAUCUUGAAUUCCAGACCGCUCACACCGCUGGAUGAAGAUACUGCUUACCUGGCAGUACUGACACCAGGUCAUUUCUUAAUCGGACAGUCACUCAACGCAGUUCCAGAGCCAUCGCUGACAGAAUUACUACCCGCUUGGCUCUCGCAUUAGGAACAAGUCCAGCAAAUGGUUCAACAUUUCUGGAAACGCUAUUAUCAGGACUGCAUCCACCGCUACCAGGCCAUUUUAAAGUGGCAUCAACGCAACGAGAUCAAAGUGGGUUCAGUUGUACUGAUCACUACUGAGGAUCUCCCGCAAACCAAGUGGCCAUUAGCCAAAGUCAUCGCUCUCCAUCCAGGGGAAGAUGGACAAGUCCACAUGGUAACUGUCAAGACAUUUAACACAGAGCUAGUACGUCCAAUUACAAAGCUCUGUGUCUUGCCGC